AUGCCUCCUCCACGGCUCUCACCCGCGCUCUUACGGGUAAGACCCCAAGUAUCCUACCAAUGCCUCUACCACCGGAUAGCCCCUCUCCGCCAUGCCUCCACAACUUCUCAAAGCGACGUCAAACCCGUCGUACCAUGGAAAACACCGACGAGCGUCUGGUCCCCCGAAAACCUCAUCCCCCCACCCAAAGACGGGGAAAUCCUCUACGAGCGCCGUCCAAACCGCGCAUUACCACCCGUCCCUCCCCUGAUCUCACGCCAAGUCCUUAAAACCCUCCCCGUCUUCGUAGUCGCCCUUACCGUCUCUGUCCUCGUCUUCUUCAAUUACCAAAAGCAAGAGUCCUCGGUCGUCAGCUCCUCCCUCUACGCACUGCGCACCAAUCCGGCCGUACGCGAGGUCCUCGGCGACGAAAUCUACUUUGCGAGCAAGUAUCCUUGGAUCCGGGGCGAGAUUAACCAGGUGCAUGGGCGCAUUGAUAUUAGCUUUUGGGUCAAGGGGACCAAGAGGGCGGGGCUGGCGAGGUUGAGGUGUAGAAGGAAGGGCAGGGGUGGGCUGUAUUAUACCCAAGAGUGGAGUUUGACGCUCGAGGAUGGGGAGAAGUUGGAGCUUUAUGAUCCGAAUGGGAAUGCUAUUGAUCCAUUUCAGGUGCCGGUUGAUGAGGAGUGA